CAGUGGUCUGCCUAUCACCCUCAGGUCUGGUAUUUUUCUCAAGUGAGGACAUACCUGUUGAUACCAUGCAAGCCUCUGGAUAGGUUGCCCUUGGGGCUUGAUUAGAGUCAAGGUGGUAGAGCGAAUUCUCGCCACUUCCCUUGAUGAGUGAUCUGCACCAUAUCCCUUGGACCUCUUGGCUACGUGCCAUCCACUGCAUGGUUGCCAUUGUGGUGAUGGGGGCUUCUGUCCUUUGUCAACAACGUCCCCAGUUGCCAGGCAGCGAGCGGAUGAAACCAGAGAGGAUAAUGCCUUCUUUUGUCUUCCUAGACAGCAUCUUGCCGGUGUCCUUUGCAUCUUCACUGCGCAGCGAUUCGGUUGCUGCCACUCCAUAGCAUCAAUCGGUUGCCCACCUCUUCUCUCUUGCCAGAUCCGUCCAAUACGUAGGUAGGUAGGUG